AACUUAGGAGAAUGGUAAAUAAAUAGCAGCAUAAAAAGUUUUUUAUAAUAUUUUACUCAAAACAUACAUUAAAGCUGAUAAAAGCACUUAAAGAGUUGCAUUUUAAUAAUGAAGCUUGUAAUCAUACUUGCAAUUAUUGGCACUGUUGCAGCUGCAGCAGUUCCAGCAAAAAAAGCACCAUCUCCUGAGGUUGUGUGUUUGAACACGUUUUACGGAUGUAUUACGUCAAGUACUAAAAACUGGACAGAUAAAGCUGCUUGUUUUUUUGAUCUUGGAGCUUGUUUAUACAAUCUUUGUCCUUCUAAACCGUGUUUCGACGAAGCUAAAGAUUGCUACAUGAAAGCUACUACUUACAACGAUUUUGUAGCAUGUACUAACAAAUUAAAAUCUUGUUUUAAAAAUGAGUGUAAACUGAUUUUUUAAUUUUCAAAAGUACAGUCAGAGUGUUUUUUACAAAUGGAUAUAAAAAAAAUCGUUGUAUUAUUUCAAAAUGUUCAUUGAUAAUCUAUAAUGUAAUUUAAUAACAAAA